AUGAGAAUGUCUUCUGCUAUUGCUGAAAUUGUCUCGGAAUUCUCUGGAUUCCAACAUAUUCAUACUUCACAAUCGUCGUCAUCAAUGACUUCAACACUACCAGUCUCGAGAAAGACAUCAACGUCAUCUGAAUCUCCACGUCACUCUCUGAAUAUCACAGUCGGAGUUUCCCCACUCAACCAAAUCGUGCGAAAUGACAGUUCCAACAGUCUCAACGACUUCAAUUGCCUCAAACGAAAAAACUCAUCUGCUUCGUAUCUUGUUAUUGAAUAA